AUGGCACGAAAAAAGAAUAAAUCUAGUUAUAUGAGAGAAAAGUCCCUAAAUAAAAAAAACAGAAAAAAAAAUACGAAAAAAAAUGAUACGAAGAAAAAAGCUGCUAUGGAUCAUAAAGUUAUGAUUGAAUCAUAUAAAUAUAUGCAAAAAUUAAUGAAGGAAACUAUGGAAGGAAUAACAAAUAAUUUAAAACAACAUAGACUAAAUCUUACUGAACGGCUUACAGGAUCAACCUCGGGACUUACCUCAGGACUUAGUUCAAGUAGUUCAGGACUUAGUUCAGGACUUGGUUCAGGACUUGCUACAAGAAAUUAUUCUUCACUUACUUCAGGACUCACUUCAGAAAGAAAUUCGUUACUUAGUAGUACAAGACUUACUUCAAGAAAAGAUGAAUCCGAAAAAAGGUUAGAGAAUUUGGUAUUUGGUGAUGGAAAGGAGAAGAGAAAAGAGAAAAUGUCAGAUAAAAAAGAUUUGGAGAAAGAUAUUGAAGAGAAGCAGAGUAAUAAAAAAGUCAAAUUUUCAAUUGAUCUCACACCAGAUAAAUCUAUUUCAAUGAAUGAAACAAAUAAUGAUUCUGAGGAUUCUAUAAAUGUUAACAAAGAAUCAAAAUUAUUGAGAUCAACUAAUGGUGCAUGGUAUGAUUCUGAUGAUGAAAAUGUUAAUGUCUCAUUAAAAAGUAAGAAUAUGUUGAAAAAGUUAAGAAAAACUGAAGAAGAAGAUGUUAUUUCCGGUAGUCAAUAUGAAAUGAGAUUAAGAAAUCAGUAUGAAAAUUUACACCCGACACCAAAUUGGGCAACUCCAUCUUCUAAACGAAAGAGAGAUGAUUCAUCAUCGACUGAAAAAUUAGAACAAGAUGAGAUAUCAUCACCUGAACAAGUAGUUAAAACUCCAAACAAAAAAAUUCAGAUAAAGUUAUUAUCCGAAAAUCCAGUUAAAAUACCUGAAGAAGUUACACCAAAGUUAUUACCUAAUGAUAAAAUUGGAAUAGUCAGAGAAAGAAAUGCCAAUAUACAGGGUUGCUCACAAUGUGUCAUUCAAUCAGCUACUUUUCAUCCAAAUGCUCAAGUUUUAAUGUCAGCAGGAUUUGAUAAAACAGUACGAUUAUUUCAAAUCGACGGGAAAAAAAAUCCAAAGAUUCAAUCUGUAGUUUUUAAUGAUCUUCCUAUAAGUAAUGCAUCCUUCAAUCCUAGUGGAUCAGAAAUAAUUGUUACCGGGAGAAGAAAAUAUUUUUACAGUUAUAACAUUGAAUCUGGUAAUAUUGAAAGAUCUAAUGGAAUAAUUGGACUCGAAAUUAAUUCAUUGGAAAAUUUUAAGAUAUCACCUUGCGGAAAAUAUAUUUGUUUCCCUAGUAUUAGUGGAAAUAUUGUUUUGGUAAAUUAUCAAACUAAACAAUGGAUGGGUAGUUUUAAAAUGAAUGGAACGGUAACUUCAAUUGAUUGGUCAAGUGAUGGAAAGUAUUUGUUUUCGAUUGGUAAAGAUGCUGAAGUUUAUCAAUGGGAUGUGGGUGCUCGAAGAUGUGUUCAUAAAUUUCGUGAUUAUGGAGGAUUUAAACCGAGUAUUAUUUCCGUUUCAAAGAAUGAUAAUUAUUACGCUAUUGGAUCAAAUUCUGGAGUGGUAAAUGUGUAUGAUAAAAAAUGUUUACAAUACGCCAGUCCUCGUCCUUUAAACACUAUAAUGAACGUGACAACUGAAAUUCAUGAUAUGAAAUUUAAUCAUGAUACUCAAUUACUUGGUGUAUCAAGUCGUUCUAAAAAAGGACAAAUGAAAUUGAUACAUCUCCCUUCGUUUAAUGUAUUUCCGAAUUGGCCAAUUAAACCCAUACCUUUGAAUUAUGUACAAUGUUUUGACUUUUCAACUUCAAGCAGUUAUAUUGCUGCUGGAAAUGACAGGGGAAAAGUACUUUUAUAUAGAUUUAAACAUUAUACCAAGGCUUAA